AUGGGAGGUUGUCCUCCGUUUGCCGUGUUGGUGUCGCCAGAACACCUCCACUCACUACACACAUACCGCGAGCCACAACUACGGGACGGUGACGGCGAGAGGCCCCAGAGUUGCACUCGCAGCACGUUGUCGCGAGCAUACUCUAAUCCGAGUGGGUACGAUCUCUCCUCUGUUGUGGUUACUGCUAUAGGCGGCAAAGAGUUCCACUGGAUGCUGGCUCUGCGAUAUCAGCUCAAUCCAUAUCGUGUACAUUAUUUACAGCCACGACGGAGCUGUGAUGUUAUCGUUUAUGAGUCUGCGCACCUUCGUGAGGUGUUUGUUGAGACGGUGCCUCUGCAGUGCGGGGCCACGGGAUUUGAGUGGUCGGAUGCCGAUGCGUUGCAUGGUGUGUGUGGCGUGAACGUGUACACGCGGGCUGAGGGUGUCUUUUCUCCACCUGGCACCAGAGUUCCCGUGGGAAAGGGUAACAACGCCAGCCUCGUGCUCAUCUACUCCACAAUUCCCAGUGUCAGGGCCGAGCUUCAGUGCUCGUUUGACGCAAAACCUCAGAGCCCAUGGCUGAUAGUGGAGGAUGCGUUUAUUGAAUGGGGUACGUUGGGCUGGCUUAGCCUGAACGAGCUGCAAGAGAUGGGUGUGCUGCGCAGCGAGGACGUUGGCAAUGAUCUCUUUGACCUGGUGUUGUGCGUUUGA